AUGACUCUGGAGCAUACAUCUGAGAAGCUGCAGAGCUUGCUUAAUUCAUUCACUAAUACGCAAGUUAUUCCCAAAUCAUAUUCGGAACUUCUGCUUCCUUUUUACAAGUCAAUUGCACUAAAUGAAAAACUGAGAGGAAUAGCGCUCUCAAAAUGUCGACAAACUUUCAGUCAAUGGGAAAACUAUGAUGCGAAUUUAACAGAUCCAGAAGCAGUCCAACGAUGUUUGGACCUUUGGCUUACAAUUAAAGGUCAAGACUAUAAUCUAACUAGAUCUUUACCAAGCAGCUCAAAUAUCAUUAUCGAAGAUAUUGAAGUGACGAAUUAUGUGGGGCCUCAAGAAUUUGAGCGACUGGAGUUUCAUCCAGUGACUCACGAACUUCUCUCAAACCCUCUCAGCAACUUGAUUGUGGAGGAAGUUGAGGCCACACAGUUUGUUGACAUGAACAAAUUGACCAAGAAUGAUAAUGAUAUCAGUAUGUCAAAUUAA